GCUAAUUACGGCCACUUGCCGGUAUAUUAAAAGAGCAGGGGGGCAAUUUUCCGAGGAAAAAGAAGCUCCUGCUGAUUUGAUUACGCCCUGAAUCUCUUUUUGAUCUCAAAUAUUUUGAUUUAGCAGAUCCAAUUCAAUCGACCUUAACCAGUACUUUUGGGCAUUUGUUAGGUAUUUUGUAUUUAAUCUUUGAAAUUCCUCCGCGGACUCGCGGCCAAUCGGUUUUUGUUCGAUGGUGUUACCUGCGGAGGAAGUGGUAUGGAGGUUUCCAAGGCGGGGAUGAGGAGGAUGAAGAGGUAAUGGUCUAUUGGUAAAAUUGAGAAAACGGGUGCAAGUUGGGUUACAUUUGGUGAUGGAUAGCGACGCAGGAACUGAAGAUGAUCAGGGUUCCGGAUGGUUUGAAGUGAGAAAGAAACACCGAAUCAGCUCGAAGCUUUCUAUCCAAAAGGUUCCAGAAUCUUCCAACAAAAACCAUUCGUCCUUAUGGCACUAUCAGGCUUCGAGAAAUGCUAAUGUUGUAAAAUUUCCUACCGUGCAGCAGGCUGAAUCUUUAAAAGGAAGAACUGGGCUCAUUCCUGAUUCAAAUGUUUCUGUUAAUACUUCAGGUUUAUUAUCAGAAGAAGCAGCGGAAACUUUAGUAUGCCUUGAUAAAAUUGUUGGUGGGCAAAGGAUUGAUCAUUCCCUGAAAGCUACAGACUCAACUGCUGAAUUGACGGCAACUAAGGAGGGUUUAGUACAGGAAAAAUUGGAUGAUAUUCCCACGGUCAAGUGGGGUGAUAUUGAGGAUGUUUCUUUCACAGUUUCAGUAUCUGGAGAUUCAGGCAAAACAAAGAAUGCUGAAAGUGCACAUUUUGCAAGUUGUGAUGGCCAGAAACAGCAGAAUCUUGUUGCGGUUGCUAAAUCAGACGUGUUUACUUCCCAUUGUACGCAUGUUCUGGAGGAAAAUGUUAUAUCAGAAAAUGUGGAACAGUUUCCUGAUGUAUCGCCCUCUUCAAAUGCCCCUGGAGAAUUUCUUUCUGGAACAUGGAGGGAGGUAAGUGAGGUUUCUUCUGAAUACAAGGACAUAACAGAGAUUGAAUCAGAAGAGAAUCUUAAAGAAAGAGAUGGUAUUACCCAUGUUCAAAAUGAAGUACUGAAUGACUUGAUUCCUGAGGAUGUAAUUGUGGGUUCUCCAUCUCUAGCUUCCCCUGUCGGAGGAGUCAUAGAAAUGACUACUGAGAAAUCUUCUGACAAUUCCUUGUUUAGAAACAUGAGCACCUCUGAAGAAUCUCUUAUUAACAAUAUUACUAUGGUGAAUUCUAGUCCUCUACAUAAUUUGACAGACAGAAAAAAUAAUAAUGUUGAAGUUUUUGCUGAUGCUCCCACUGCCACAGAAGAGGUUUUGUCUGAUGGGCCUGAUCAAGGAGAAGAUGACCAUAGUGAGGGAAAAGAAAGGUUUCGGGAGAGGCUUUGGUGCUUCCUAUUUGAAAAUCUGAAUAGAGCAGUUGAUGAACUCUAUCUUCUUUGUGAGUUAGAAUGUGACAUGGAGCAGAUGAAUGAGGCUAUUCUUGUUCUCGAAGAAGCUAUAUCUGAUUUCAGAGAGCUUACAUGUAGAGUGGAUCAUUUUGAGCGCAACAAAAGUUUUGCUGCCCAAUCAUCAAAAGAUGUGGCAGCAGCAAAUUUAAAGACUGAUCACAGGCGACCUCACGCCUUAUCAUGGGAGGUCAGGCGAAUGACAACUUCACCGCACAGAGCAGAAAUAUUGUCUUCAUCUCUGGAGGCUUUCAGGAAAAUUCAGUUGGAAAGAGGUAGCAAGCAUAUAGCUCAUGAUGGGAAAGACCUGAUUUUUCCUCAUGCUACCAUCCAGAAUUGUUCUGGAAAUUCAUCUAGAGCAAAUGAUAAGCGUUUAGAUAGCCGAAGACAAAGCACCGGAUCAGAGAGUUCCAGAGGGAGGGAUGCCCUUCAUGGAAAUUCCAUCAAAGAUAAGGCAAAUUCAUCGGCCUCCUUGCAUGGCAGAUCAUAUUCAGCAAGAGCUGGUUUUUUAACUUCAGAAAAACUGCUAGUUUCUGUUUCUGGGAAGUGCAAGAAAGAAUCUCUGGAACCAAUUUCGGAAUUUGGAAAACAGGCCUCUAGGAUGGACAAAUUGCUGACUGAUAAUAGGAUGGACAAACAAUCAAAUGUCUCAGAUAUGAUAAAAAUGAACAACUCUCUAGGUAUGAAAGAAAAAGAUAAGGAUAAGAGAAAUGCAGCUCCAUGGAAAACCAUGGAUGCUUGGAAGGAAAAAAGGAACUGGGAAGAUAUUCUAAAUUCUCCGAUGCGGAGCUCCUCCCGAGUGUUAUGCUCACCUGGUGUGGGGAGAAAGAGUGUAGAGCGAGCAAGAGUAUUGCAUGAUAAGUUGAUGUCUCCUGAGAAAAAGAAAAAAAAUGCUCUGGAUACGAGGAGAGAAGCAGAAGAAAGGCAUGCAAGGGCCAUGAGAAUUAGAGGCCAACUGGAAAAUGAGAGAUUGCAAAGACUACAGCGUGCAUCAGAGAAAUUGAAUCGUGUCAAUGAAUGGCAGGCUGUUCGUAGCUUAAAGCUACGAGAGGGACUUAAUGCUCGCCAGCAACGAAGUGAAUCCCGCCAUGAAGCAUAUAUAGCUCAAGUAGUAAGAAGAGCUGGUGAUGAGAGCAGUAAAGUUAAUGAGGUUCGUUUCAUUACUUCAUUAAAUGAAGAGAAUAAAAAACUAAUACUGCGUCAGAAACUUAAGGAUUCAGAAUUGAGAAGAGCUGAAAAAAUACAGACAAUCAAAAUAAAACAAAAAGAGGACACAGCAAGAGAGGAGGCUGCAAUGGAACGAAGGAAGCUCCUUGAAGCUGAAAAAAUGCAGCGUCUUGCUGAAAUACAAAGGAAGAAAGAGGAGGCUCAACUAAGAAGGGAAGAAGAAAGAAAGGCUUCUAGUGCUGCACGUGAAGCAAAGGCUGUAGAGCAACUUCGCAGAAAGGAAAUAAGAGCCAAAGCUCAGCAGGAGGAAGCAGAGCUCUUAGCCCAGAAGUUAUCUGAAAAACUGAGUGAAAGUGAACAGCGUCGCAAUUUUUACCUGGAGCAAAUACGUGAAAAAGCAUCUACGGAUUUUAGAGACCAGUCUUCUCCCUUGUUGCGUCGUUCUAUAAAUAGAGAUGGCCCGAGUCGGCAUUUAUCAACAACUGUUGAAGAUAAUCAGACUUCAUGCGUUCCUGUCAUUGGAGAUUCAGCAUCUGAAUUGCCAUAUCCCACACAGCAACAAUCAUUGAAGCGAAGGAUAAAAAGAAUCCGUCAAAAGCUAAUGGCUCUCAAGCAUGACUUUAUUGAAACUCCAUUUGUUACUGAAAAUUCAGGGGUUGGAUAUAAAACUCUAGUAGGAACUGCCAGGGUAAAAGUUGGGAAAUGGCUUCAGGAGCUUCAAAGGCUUCGUCAGGCUAGAAAGGAAGGAGCUGCAAGCAUUGGCUUGAUUGUUGGUGAUAUGAUAAAAUUCCUGGAGGGCAAGGACAUUGAGCUUCAUGCAUCUCGGCAAGCAGGUUUACUUGAUUUCAUAUCUUCUGCACUACCUGCCUCUCAUACAUCAAAACCUGAAUCUUGUCAGGUUACGGUGUAUCUUCUAAGACUCCUGAGGGUUGUACUGUCCGUUCCAGCUAACAGGGGUUAUUUUCUUGCACUAAAUCUUUUGCCUCCUAUUAUUCCAAUGUUGUCUGCAUCUCUGGAUAAUUACAUAAAGGUUGCUGCUUCUUCAAAUCCUGGAAAUAACAACUUAGUGAAUAAAACGCCAAGUGAUAAUAUGGAUACAAUUACUGAAGUUCUAGAUUGUUUCUUGUUUACUGUUACUACAAUUAUGGGUUACACAACGACUGAUGAAAGAGAACUUCAAAUGCAAGAUGGUUUGUUGGAGUUGAUUGUUUCAUAUCAAGUUAUCCAUCGCCUACGUGAUCUUUUUGCACUUUAUGAUAGACCUCCGUUGGAGGGAUUUCCUUUUCCUUCAUCCAUUAUUCUAAGUCUGGAUCUCUUAUCGGUACUAACUUCUAGACCGGGCUCUCUCUCAUCAAUUAAUUGGGAAGCUGGUAUAUCUAAGUUUACAUCAGAAAAGGAAACUGAGGAUUCACAGAUUAUAGAUUCUAAUGUUGUUAUAGACAAAUUUAUGAUGAAUGAUUCUUCUGGAGAUAGCACGUCUCCUCAAUUAGUACAGAUGGUCACUAUUCCACAACCAAGUCAGUUUACACCAGCAGUCGAAUCUACUCAAUUGCUAAUGAAGAGGGUGCAGCCAGCCCGAGUCUUUCUUUCAGAUGCAUCAGAGACGACAUGCAGAACUGAAACUUCUGGUGUUUCUUUUGAUUUAAACAGCAAAGAGGCCUCUCUAGUAGCAGAUGCACUAGCCAAGUCUCAGAAGAUCAAGUUAGAAGAACUAGCCAAGUCACCAUCGAAUCAGGAAGAUCAAAAGAUUACAAUGGAUAGUCACUUGUGCAAAAAGAGAAUUGAUGAGCUUGUUAUGCCUUGUACUUCUGAAAUAAAGAAAGAAGUUACCUCUAAGGAACCUGUAGCUUUUUUUCUAUUCGCCAUGGCUGAGACAGGCCUUGUUAGUCUUACAUCAUUGCUAACAGCAGUACUACUACAGGCAAAUAGUCGACUAUCGUCUGAUCUGGCCUCUUACGUUCUCCCCUCCAACUUCGAAGAGGUAGCCAUUGGUGUACUGAAGGUUUUAAACAAUCUGGCAUGCUUGGAUAUUUCUCUGUUGCAGAAAAUGCUGGCAAGGUCAGAUUUGAGAAUGGAAUUCUUCCACUUAAUGAGUUUCCUACUUUCUCAUUGCACAAGCAGAUGGAAAUCAACUAAUGAUCAGGUUGGUUUUCUUCUGCUGGAAUCAUUGCUCCUGCUGGGCUACUUCUCUUUGUUCCAUGCUGGGAACCAAGCAGUCCUUCGUUGGGGGAAAACUCCAACGAUUCUUCACAAGAUCUGUGAUCUGCCAUUUGUCUUCUUCAGCGAUCCUGAGUUGACUCCUAUCUUGGCUAGUACCUUUGUGGCUGCCUGCUAUGGAUGUGAGCAGAACAGGGGUGUGAUCCAACAAGAACUCAGCAUGGAAAUGCUUCUCACUUUGUUGAGAUCUUGCAAGCAGAGCUUACUCACCUCCCAGUUUGAUAACUCACCACUAGACACUGACAGAUCUGAUUCCAUUUUAUCAGCUCCAGAAGCUAAAAAGAUCCAUGGCGAUGGUUCCUCCAAGCCAAACCGUAAAGGCGUGCGCAAUUUGUUGUCAAGGGGAGGAAGUGCAGGCUCCAGAGUGAUGAAAUAUAGAGUUCAAAGAGAUAAUAGAGAAACUAAAACUUGUGAUGAAUGGGCUUGGAAGCACAAUCUACCAGCCUCAGAAGCAUCAUCUACUUUCAUGCUACAUAGGAGAUUUCCUGGUAGUUUCUUGGAUAAAGCUGAGGAGUUCUUCGCAUCUGGGACCUCAGAUUUUCCAGCUUGACUACGUUUACGUUUGGGACGGUUUUUCGUUGCUUCUUAAAGCAGCUUUCUAAGUACAAAAAUUUAAAUUUUUUAUUAAGAAGUAGCUUUAAGAAGCAUCAAGAAAGCCGUCACAAACGAAGCCUGCAUAUAUAUAUCUUAUCUGAUAGAGGAUGAGGUUUAAGGUUAGGCUCUCUUCUACCUUUAAGGUUCUUUGAUAAGCUGCUAGUAAUACAAAGUAACAAUGGAGCUCUACUCGAGCUGAUGUCUUGUCACAAGCAGGCAAUGGCAUUUAAGACGCUGAUCUUCAUGCAGGAUAUGCUGGAUACUUGAAUUGUUUGUCAGCGUCGACACAUUUUUGUUGUAAUGAAGUAAUUAUUUUCUUCACGAUUUGAUGCACCUUUUUUUCUUCCUCCAAUGGUAUUUUAUGCAAACUUAUAGCACAA